ACGCGUCGUCAACGCGUUCUCUGUUUGCUCUUAAAUACUUCCACACAAACCUCCAAAUCUUUAACCCUGGUUGUGGCAAAUUUUGCUCUUAAAUACUUCCAGAGAAACCUCCAAAUCUCUUAACCCUGGUGAUGGCAAAUUAACAACCAAGGAUUAUUUUUUCACAGCUUUUGUGAUUUUGUCAAGAUUUUUGAUCUCUGAUGUGCACCGGCUCUUAGUUCCGUUGUUCAACACUGUUUUGCCUUUUAAGAGUUGAAUCUGGUUACAUCCUACUGUUACUAUAGCUGUUGAAAGAGCAGAGGGAAGAUAAGUGCCAAACACUGUUUAAACUGUCUGCAUCCUUAAAGCUCAACUUCGCAAUAAGAAAUAUUAUCAGUUAUAUUGGCUUGCAUUAAUUACUCAUUUGACAAGCUCAGUAAGGAUGGGAGGAGGUAACAAAAAGCCAGAGGAGGGUGAACAUGGGGACAAAGGACUCUUCUCAAAUAUUAUAGGAGGUAUGCAUUCAGGUUAUCCUCCUUCAGGAUAUCCUCCUUCAGGAUAUCCUCCAUCAGCCCCUCCUUCAGGAUACCCUCCUUCAGGUUACCCUCCUUCAGGAUAUCCUGGCCCACAAGGGUAUCCUCCACCUCAGCAAAAUGCACCAUAUGGUUACCCUCCUCAACAAGGUGCACCACCACCAGGAUAUCCUCCAUAUGGUGGCUACCCAGCCUCGGGUCACUCUGGAGGGCAUCAACAGCCUGCAUACCUAUCUUCUGGAUAUCCUCCAUCAGCCCCUCCUUCAGGAUACCCUCCUUCAGGAUAUCCUCCUUCAGGUUACCCUCCUUCAGGAUACCCUGGCCCACAAGGUUAUCCUCCACCUCAGCAAAAUGCACCAUAUGGCUAUCCUUCUCAACAAGGUGCACCACCACCAGGAUAUCCUCCAUAUGGUGGCUACGCAGCCUCGGGUCACUCUGGAGGGCAUCAACAGCCUGGGCAUGGCAUGGGUGGAUUAGGGGGUGUUCUUGCUGGAGGUGCAGCAGCUGCUGCUGCAGCUUAUGGUGCUCACCAACUUGCUGGACAUAGUGGACAUAGUGGACAUGGUGGAUUUGGCAGUGUUGGUGGACAUGGUGGAUUCGGCAGUGGUGGUGGACAUGGUGGCUUUAUACCACAUGGAAAGUUUGGGCAGCAUGGAAAGCAUGGAAAGCAUGGAAAGUUUAAACAUGGAAAAUUUGGGAAACAUGGAAAAGGUGGAUUUGGAAAAUUUAAGAAAUGGAAAUGACUGCAUGGCUUUGGAAAAUUUAAGAAAUGGAAAUGACGAUUUCAAUAACAUGUAACAGCAAGGUGGAUGACAAAUCUGAUGGAUUUAUUAUAAUUUAGUUUUUGUAAUGCAAUCUAUUUUAACAAAAUAAAAUGGUCUUUUAAUUUGCUGGAA